GAGGUUUUACCGUACGUGUGGCUGGAGGAGGAAGCAAAGGAGAUUUCAACAACAACAACAACAAAUCGAAUAUCUUAACAAGGAUGAUAAUUCCCAGCUCUCAGCAGCAUCAGCGUACUGCCCGGAGCCGAGGAGCAGUUUCAGGGAGGAGAGGAGGGAAACUUCGAUUCUGAGCUGCCGGGGAGUGGCCGACUGCUGGGGAUUUUAUUUUGACACCCUGUGUUUCAGGCAAAGGAGCAGUCCGUUUAAAAGCGAGGAGCCAAGAUGAACCAAACUGUGUCCGUCUCUCAUCAGAUCGACUGUCAGCCGGCCAAGGGCCUCAAGGACUAUGUGGACGUCAGCCCGCCGCAGAGGAACUGGAAGGGCAUCGCUAUCUCUCUACUGGUGAUCGUAGUGGUCUGCUCGCUCAUCACCAUGUCUGUGGUCGUCCUCACACCCGUGGAGGUCCCCGGCAGCAGCAAGUCCAAGCUGAGUGUGGCAGAUCUGUAUAAGCCAGAGUUCAGCGUUCAUGACCCCGAGGCCAUGUGGAUCAGUGAUUCAGAGGUGGUGUACAGGAACCGGGACGGACACGUCAUCAAGUUUAACUUCGCCCUGAACGAGACGGAGGUCAUUCUGAGCAACAGCACGUUUGUGGCUUUCAAGGUGGCAAGGUACUCGCUCUCCGCAGAUCUGAAGUACGCACUCUUCGCUUACGACGUCAAACAGAUGUACAGAUAUUCGUACAUGGCGUCCUACAUCGUGUACAACAUCUACACGAGGGAGGUUUGGGAGCUAAACCCUCCUGAGGUUCAGAACGCAGUACUGCAACACGCAGCAUGGGGAAGACAAGGACAACAGCUGAUCUACAUCUUUGAGAAUAACAUCUACUACCAGUCGGAUGUGAGGAGCGUCUCCCUGAGAAUCACCUCCUCUGGGAUGGAGGGAGUCAUCUUCAACGGGCUCGCCGACUGGCUGUACGAAGAGGAGAUUCUGCGUUCGCACUUGGCUCACUGGUGGUCGCCGGACGGAGAGCGACUGGCCUUCCUCACCAUCGACGACACCCGGGUGCCCAAUAUGGCUCUGCCCCAGUUCACCGGCAGCACUUACCCCAGAGGACUACAGUACCCAUAUCCUAUGGCCGGUCAGACAAACCCUGCGGUCAAGUUAUCGGUGGUCAACCUGUUCGGAGCGACACACACUCAGGAACUGCAGCCUCCCGAUCAGUUCAGACACAGAGAUUUUUACGUCACCAUGGUGAAGUGGAUCAGCAACACUCACCUCGCCGUGCGGUGGGUCAACCGGCCCCAGAACGUUUCUCUGCUGACGGUGUGCGACGCCACCUUAGGGGUCUGUCUUCAGAGGCACAAGGACUCCUCCGAGACGUGGCUUUCCAGACAGAGGCAGGAGCCGCUCUUCUCCAAGGACAGGAGCAGGUUUUUGCUCGCGCUGCCCGUGAAACAAGGAGGUCAGGGAGAUUUCCACCACAUCACAAUGUUCACCAAAAAGGUGCGAAGCGACCAGGACGAAGUUCGCCACUUAACGUCCGGGGACUGGGAGGUGACAAGAAUCGUAGCUUACGAUGAAAACGACCAGAUUGUAUACUUCCUGAGCACGGAGGACUCUGCACAACAGAGACAUUUAUACAGCGUGUCCACCCUCGGCCUGUUUCCACGGCGAUGUCUCACCUGCGGACUGAAGGAGGAGUGCACGUUUUACGAUGCCGACGUCCGCCCCGAUGCGCAGCAUGCCAUCCUGCACUGUAAAGGCCCUGGAGUUCCAGCUGUGCUGCUUCUGAGUUUUGAUGACGCAGACACGUACUUCGUCUUGGAGAACAACCUGCCUCUGCGGACCGCGCUGGAGAACAAGAGGACGGCUCAGAGUGAUAUCCGGAUCAUCGCCAGUGACAACUUUGAGCUGCCUCUGAAGCUCAUCUAUCCUCCCGACUUCUCCGAGUCCUACAUCUACGGCCUCCUCCUUAUUGUUGGCAGUUCCCUGGGCGAUCAGACGGUGACGGAGGAGUUCAGGUUGGACUGGGACUGGGUGUUGGUGGGAUCGGAGCAGGUCAUCGUGGCGCGACUCGACGGCAGGGGUUCGGGGUUCAGAGGUCAAAGGGUUUUGCAGCAGGUCCAUCUGAGGCUCGGCACCGUGGACGCAGAGGACCAGAUCGCUGCUCUUGAAUACCUGGUGAAGCUGCCGUUCGUUGACCGCACUCGCGUCGGAGUCUUCGGAGAGGACUACGGCGGGUUCCUCGCGCUCACGAUGCUGAAGUCGACGGAGAGGCUGGUCCGGUGCGCUGCGGCUCAGGCUCCCGUCACCGACUGGUCCAUGUACGCCUCAGCGUUUUCUGAGAGAUACCUCGGCUCACCUUCGACGGAGGAGAACAGAUACCAAGCGUCCAGAGUCCCGGGCACCAUGAAGGGUCUGCAGGGAGGAACUCUGUUCCUGGCUCACGGCACUGCCGACGCGAACGUUCACUUCCAGCACUCGGCGGAGCUCAUCAAGCACUUCAUAAAGAUCGGAGCCAACUACUCAAUGCAGAUUUACCCAGACGAGGGCCACUUCCUGUCGAAACGCAGCCGGAUCCAGCUGACUCAAUCCCUGAUUGGUUAUUUCAGAGGCUGUCUGCUCGACGCGUCAUCGUUACUCGACCAACAGCGGGACGACGAGUGAGAGGGUUACUACUGGGCCGUGUUUGACUACUGUGUGUGUGUGUGUGUGUGUGUGUGUGUGUGUGUGUGUGUGUGUCAGCUUGUAUGUUUGUGAGCGUUUGUGACCCCUGGCAGACUGAUUUGAGUGUGUGUAUGUGCGCGCGUGUUUUAUACCCGUAGCACAAUAUUUGACUAAACAAGCUUCUUCUCAACAUAUCGGACUAGUUUCCAUCGUUGGUCACCUCUGUAGCAUCAACAGUCCGCUGUAAUGUUUUUGUGUGUCGACGACAUAUUUAAGGAGGAGGCGGUAAAAACCCAUUAGCAGCGUCUGCACAAAGUUUUGCGACAUAAGUCAUAGAGUGACGGUAGCUUUUUUUUGAUGAAGGGGAAAAAGGGUGCGAUUAAGCAAGUGAGGUCAUCCUGGUUGUAGUCGGUGUAAAAGACCCUGUACAACCUGGUUUCAAAUCUUCAUAAAAUAAAUAUGAAUGAAUCAGUUCGCAAAAAUCUAACUGAACUAAAUUAUUCAAUCAACUUUUGUGCAAUUCCUAGUGUUGGACAGACGAAUGACAAAUGGAAACGGCAAAACAAGGUGAAAAAAAUGAAAACAUGAAUAAAAUUGAUAAAAUCGGGUAUAUAGAAAAUGUGUGUGCACGCGCGUGUCUGCAUCACAAAACUCAUUUCACAAACUUGAGUGAGACGCUGGCUGCCUCUGUCGACUGUUCGGCACCCACAGAAAACACAAGUCAGCCUUCGCCGUAUGAAGAUGUUCAGUUGACGGGUUGAAAGCGCCACUGUCACUGUGGGUUAUAUAUUUAUCUAUCUUUGCCUAGUAUUAAAUGGAAUUUCCCCCCCCCCCCCCUCAGCCGAUUACAUCGAUCGCAAGCUCUCCGAGUAUUAUAAAUGUGUGCUUUGAUGCAAAUUGCACCAAUCCGGUCUGUCGGUGGGUCGUGAGUCGUUUUUCAAAAUGCACAGGCGUCAUCCAUUAGAAACACUUCGGCCCUUUCAAAAACCUUGUGUUUGUUUUUGAGACUGGGAAGAAUUGGGAGAUUUUCGUGGCUUGUAUUUACUCUUACAGUACGACACCUUCAUCUCCUCUUCUCUAUCAAUUUCUCCAUAAAUUUUGCUGACAGUAAAAGCGGACGUGUCAGUCUGUAGAGUUACUGUAUCCGUCCUUUAGACAGCAACAGAUGUACAGAGCUUAACAUUAUCACCUUUUUACACUGUCUCGCUCGGAUUCAUUUAUUUAUUUUUUUAUGUAUUUAUUUCUUAAAGUUGAUAUUUAUUGUUUCACGAAAUGUAAUUUUUUUUUAUAACUUUAAACAAACUUUUUUGUGAGGAUUUAAGGGGGCAGUAAGUUGCGUUAUCGUUGCGGACGGAGGCGGACGUGUCUCCCUCGCUCUCGUAGUUUUCCUGAUGAUUUUCUCAGUAAAAUCUUUCUACACCUUGAGAAAAAAUCGGAGCUGAAAGAAAGAAAAAAAAAAACUGUUGAAACCCCUCAUCUGAGUUUGACUUCAGGUGCCGCCCCGGGUCUUGCCUGAUAGGAAUACCUGCAGACACUGCACAAUGAAAUGAAUUAAAUCUAUAUUAAAUUUACUUUUUUGACCGUGAACAUUGGUCGAAAAUGUGAGACUUGAGCGUAUAGUUUUCUUUGUAGGAAUAUCAGGAAAGGGAAUGAAGGCCUCAAUAUGAAGGAUUACAGUGGUGUUUUUUUUAUACUGCAGUUAUUAGGAAAAGCACACUUUUUAGUUACAUUUAUUUAUUUAAAAACUGUUAACAGCUAAACCAAUGUCCCUGUGGUAUUGCACAUUUGCCACUAGAUAUUCAUAAAACUUCCACGCAGUAUAAAAACUGCGGUGGUGGAAAAACAAAUCUGCAGCAGAUGACAUGGUUGUACACAACUUAUGAUUUAUAAUAGACAAUUUAAGAUGGAAGUGAUUUUAUUCGUUCUUACUGCUCUGCAAAUUUUUUAAAUCACCGAAUGUCCCUUAAAUACUCACUGUAUCUGGUAAUAUUAAUUUUUUUUGGAGGUGGGGGCUGAUUUAUUUCAAGUGCAACUGCUCAUCUCUUUCUAGCUGCUCAGGAUGUUUUCUUCUGUGCCGUAACAAACAGUUUUGGAACCGCGCCCCCGGGUUUUACAGUGUUUGUCCGUAACGCGUCGCACUAAAAGGCGGCACGGAGCCCGAGAGCGCUCCCUCGCCGUGAUUUAUGAGCACGAGAGUGAUUCAGAUGAUUACUGUCGGCCGCUCACGAGUGCCAUUAAUCACCGUGACGCGUGUCCUCUGUGCAGUCGUGGCUUUUAGACAAGAGGGGACAACUUGUUGGGUUUAAUUCCCCAAAACUGCUAUUAGCAAAAAAUACAAAAAAAACCAUGAGAAAACUGAAGUUACAAGAGUCGGUACGGUCUGUGGUGAGGCUGGGCAGUAGGCAGGCUACCAAUCGGUUGCCAUAGCAACGUCUUUGGUAUCCUGGAUACAGCUAUUCGCUCAUAUUUCACGCACACACACGUGCGUGUGUCCGUGCGUGUAUUUGUGUGUGUGUGUGUGUGUGUGUGUAUGUGUGCUUGUGCGUGCAUGCGUGCGUGUGUGUGUGCGCGUGCGUGCGUGCGUCUUGGGCCCAGCCAAGUGCUGAUGCAACAUCAUCCUACAUGUGUCAGCUUCGAGACCAGCCUGCAGCCGUCCUCCCCGCUGACGCCACACUGACGUCCACUUUAGAGUAAGAGUACGUGAAGUCAUGGUUAUUGUCUCUGUUGGGAUUUGUACUGUGAGUUUGACUUGAUUUCCUUCUCUGGGGGGUGGGGGGGGGUUUAUUGUGAAUGUGGGGCGAAUCUAGAAGAGCUUACUGUAUUUUUUUGGCUGUUUUAAUAUUAAAGAGCGAUGAAGGAGCCAUGCUUGGGGUCUUGUUUUGUGGUCGAGGACUUUAAAAGCCUUACAUUCGUCCUGGAGAAUCACAGUGCAUCUUUUUCUUCCUGCCUGAAAAAACCCAAAAUGUAACAUUUUGAGAGUAGGUCUAAAUCUUCUGAUUAUCUGAUGCACAAAUAUGGAACGUUGACGUUGAUUGAUUGAACUGAAAGGAUCACAGCUUUUGUUGUGCAAAACAAAAAUGGUAUGAAAUGUUGUUGGCCAUUCAAAUAAAUACAAAAAUCAUUUAA